GAAAAAAGAACACCUGGAAAUGCACACACAUACUUACAAACAAACACAAACACACACACACACACAUAGACACAGAGAGAGAGACUGUGGGACUAGCGGCGAUGCAUCAUCGGUGAGGAGAAGCGGGGCCUUCAUCGCCUGCCAACUCUGAUCCAAUUCUUCUGCCUCGCACGCUGCCGUUGUCUGUUAUCUUUUUUUCCCACUCUCCUCCCGCAUCGUCAUUUUCCGUCCCUAGCGACGCGUUUCGUCGCAUUGCCAGCCUCGGUUUGCAUCUCCGGAGAGCGAGUAUAUCUAGACCUUUCCUGUGAGAUGCGUCCUUGAGCUUCAGUUGAGUGUUUCAUCAACAAGUUCCUGAGUAGAUCCCGCUUGCGGAGGAUUUCCGAGGUUGCUUGCGAGGGAGGCCGGACCACCCUCGUGGAUUUGUCGGUAACGUGUAGUUGCCGGAGCUGGCUUUGUCCUGAGGUGGUUAGAUUGCGCCUUUUCAGUGGUAUCUAGCUUUGUUGUGGGUCACUGUUGGUGUGGGUUCGUUUGGGGAGGAGUUUGAGGAUCCCGCCGAGCGGGUCAUUGCAGUGUGACUAGGGUGCUGGUGGUCAAUUUCGACGUUUUGGCUCACUGAGAUGACGGCGAUGGAGGGGAUGGUGAGAGUCCGGGCGGUGUUGAUGACGGUGGUGGUGGUGGUGACCAUGGUGUGCGUGACACCGAGCAUGGGGGCGUUCAUCGUGGAGGAGAACAGUCUCAUGGUGUUAACUCCCGACAGCUUGAAAGGGACUUACCAGAGCGCUAUCGGCAAUUUUGGAGUGCCGCAGUAUGGCGGCACUUUGUCGGGAUUUGUGGUCACACCGACGGUGAACUUCAAGGCGUGUGAAGCGUUUCCCGCCGAUCACCUUCGGUCUAAGCCCGGCGCUCGCCCCAACUUCGCCCUCGUCGAUCGCGGCGAUUGCUACUUUGCUACCAAGGUGUGGCAUGCGCAAGAAGCCGGAGCAGCGGCGGUGCUUGUGGCGGACAAUGCGCAGGAGGAGCUCAUUACCAUGGAUUCCCCCGAGGAUGACCCCGCAGCAUCCAAAUACCUGAGCAACAUUUCUAUUCCGUCUACUCUCAUCACGAAGGACUUCGCGGACAAGUUGAAGAAAGCCUUGGCCGACAAGGAAUUGGUGACCAUGAAGCUCGACUGGCGAGAGUCUCUCCCACACCCCGACGAGCGCGUGGAGUACGAGUUUUGGACCAACAGCAACGACGAGUGUGGCUCUAAAUGCGAUGCGCAGGUCGACUUUGUGCGUGAUUUCAAGGGUUUUGCGCAGCUUCUGGAGCGCGGCGGGUACACUCAAUUCACUCCCCAUUACAUCACGUGGUAUUGUCCUCAGGUGUUCAUUGAAAGCAAGCAGUGCAAGGCGCAGUGCAUCAACAACGGCCGUUAUUGCGCUCCAGAUCCCGAGCAGGAUUUCUCCAAAGGAUACGAUGGCAAGCAAGUGGUCACCGAGAAUCUCAGACAGUUGUGCGUGUUCAAGGUCACGAACGAAAGCAACCCCCGCCAACCAUGGAAGUGGUGGGACUACGUUACCGAUUUCCAGAUUCGCUGUCCGAUGAAGCAGAACAAAUACGGCCCCGAGUGUGCCGAAGAAGUGAUCAAAUCCCUUUCCAUCGAUGUGGAAGCCGUGCGCAAGUGUAUGGGCAACCCAGAUGCGGACCAAGACAAUCCGAUUCUGAAGCACGAGCAGGAUGCGCAGGUUGGGUCAGGGACUCGAGGAGAUGUAACGAUCUUGCCGACGCUCAUCGUUAACCAACGGCAGUAUCGAGGAAAAUUGGACAAGACGGCGGUGCUUAAGGCCAUCUGCUCGGGUUACCAAGAAACCACGGAUCCAGCUGUUUGCUUGAGCGACUCGGUGGAGACGAACGAGUGUUUGGACAACAACGGAGGGUGCUGGAAGAGUGGCUCCUUGACCGCGUGCAAGGAUACUUUCCGAGGUCGUGUUUGUCAAUGUCCUCUUGUUUCUGGCGUCCAAUUUGAGGGCGACGGUUACACGCAUUGCGAAGCGAAUGGACUCGGGCAUUGUAAGCUAGGGAACGGCGGGUGUUGGGAGGAGACCGGGGCGGACGACGUUCGGUAUUCGGCCUGCCAGGAGAACUAUCACUCGGGUUGUCAUUGUCCCGAAGGCUUUCAAGGGAACGGAUCGGCGGGUGCCGGUGGUUGCGUAGAUAUCGACGAAUGCAAAGAAAAAACCAAAUGUCAGUGCCCUGAAUGUAAAUGUACCAACACAUGGGGCUCCUACAACUGCGAAUGCUCUGGCGGACUUCUCUACAUGCAGGAGCACGAUACUUGCAUAAACCAGAGGAGUGCGCAAUCCAAGCUGGGCUUGACAGUUUCACUCAUCGUCUUGGCCGGUCUCUCUAUUCUUGCCCUGGGCAGCUACGUUGUCUACAAAUACCGCCUGCGGACAUACAUGGACUCAGAGAUUCGAGCGAUUAUGGCGCAGUACAUGCCUUUGGAUAACCAAAACGAAUCAAUCCAGAGCCACCUUCAAGAUGACGACGUAUGAGGUUUUAGGGCCCAAGUGGAAACCUCAAACAAGAUAUUGUAUGAAAUUUCCUGAUACAGUAUUUUGAAAGCAAGAAGUGCGGUGUGUGUCGCCUGGAACGAUUUACGGAUCAGGGUAGCGCGACGUCAAGCAAGUGUAGGAAAACACUGCUAAUGUAUGCAGGAGAGAUAGUUUACUUAACUGGGUGUUCAUGUGUAAAUUGAAGACGAGGAGAUGAGAGCGGCAAGCUGAGGGAAACUACAUUUAAGUUAGACCAGUGCACGCGUUUUUCACAUCGUGCAGAAUUGAUUACAAUGCUUCUGCUGAUCAGUUGCAACGGUGGGAUCCUUGUAGAGACUUAGUUUUUAUGUAGAAGCAGGAGUUGCGAUGAAAUUAUCCUUGUCAUGACCUGUCUCACACCACCUAAAUAGCUGCACGUUAUGUUUUUGUUCCCAUCUCUCUGGUUCUACUUUCUGAUUUAUCAAUUACAAGGGCGUAGCUCACUUGGGAGCUUCUUCAAGUUGCCGACCUUGCCAA